CUCCCACUCCUCCCUACCACCCUGCCAAGCCUUUAUUCCAAUCACAGACCUCGUCUCGCUCAUCCGUCACCGCCACACUUGCACACGCCAUCACAUCACAUGGUGGCCGUGGUCUAGACCAUGAAAGUACGCAUGCGUGGGGUUGCAAGUGUGAAUCACAGCGGGGUUCUGCAUGUCCUGCUACCAACCGCGCCAUAUCCGGAAAGUCCGGAGUUGCGGAUCUCUGCGGCCUCCGGCCGACGCUCGACCGCUCCAGCGCUCAAGAUCCAAAGGAACGCCGCCGCACAUCCGGCGGAGACGAUCAGGACGCGUCGCACGUCCCCUAUGCGCACCGAUCAGCGCGAACAUCAAUCAUGAACCUGCACGCGCCCACUCGUCUACCUCUGUAUCCAUCUGUGCGCCCUCGCUUAUUAUACGCUCACGCCACCACCCCGCCUGGCCGGCCGGCUGCUCGCCCAUGCUCCUCGCUCAUACGCGCCGCAUGCCGUACAUGACGUGUUCUGGCCCGUCGACACCCCAGAUUCUUCUGCCGUUGCUGAUACACAAGGGGCGCAGGAUGCCGCACGCCGACUCGCAGCUUCGCCACCACAUAACGCGGAUCCGCGGCGGACGCGACGUGACGCGUCACGAUAUUCCGAAGAUGUUCUCUGCUUCUCUGACGCGUUUGUCUCGCUGAUCGCUGAUUGCUGAUCGCUGUCUCAUGCCUCCAGAAAUCCAGAAGGCGCGGGUAGGUGCCCACCCGGCACAUCGCACGCUUCUUCCUGGCAGCGUCGGUCUCAUUUACGCGCUCUCGCACUCUCACGCUCGCACUGCUGUAAAUGUCCCACUAGUCCCCGCCUACAUUUCCAUCACGCACUCUUUCUCAUCCUAAAUAAAAAAAGACGCAGACACAGAACCGGAGCUGACCGCCACGCGCAAUGCUCACAUACUCACAUCUGAGAAUCGGAAAAUGCACCUUCACUCCGCCC